GAAGCCCCGCCCCCGGCGGCGGCGGGCGGCGCUGCGGUUGGGCGGCGGCGCUGCCGCUCAGCGCGGGGUCGGGGGUCAGAGUGCGGGCGUUUCAGAUGCCUCUGGAUGUUCAAUGAUAGCAUUUCUCCAUACUGGAGCAGCAAAGUUUCCCCAAAACUUACUUUCAAGGUCAAGACAAGCUGUGUCCUCCCUCUUCCCAGCUGGUGUUCUCAAAGGGUUCAGCUCCAUCGUAAACAGGAAACUGGCGUCCCACGGCUUUGGAGCUUCCAUGGCAGCAAUGUCAUCCUUCCCUCCACAGAGAUAUCACUACUUCUUAGUGCUGGAUUUUGAGGCUACAUGUGAUAAACCGCAGAUUCAUCCUCAGGAAAUCAUCGAAUUCCCUAUCCUGAAGCUGAAUGGCAGGACGAUGGAGAUCGAAUCCACCUUUCACAUGUAUGUUCAGCCUGUGGUGCAUCCCCAGCUUACGCCCUUCUGUACAGAGCUGACUGGGAUUAUUCAAGGCAUGGUGGAUGGGCAGCCGAGCCUCCAGCAAGUGCUUGAGCGGGUUGACGAGUGGAUGGCAAAGGAAGGCCUCUUAGAUCCCAGCGUCAAGUCGAUUUUUGUGACCUGUGGAGACUGGGAUUUGAAAGUGAUGUUACCAGGACAAUGCCAGUACUUAGGGCUGCCGGUUGCUGAUUACUUCAAACAGUGGAUUAAUCUGAAAAAGGCGUACAGCUUUGCCAUGGGGAGUUGGCCAAAGAACGGGCUCUUAGACAUGAACAAAGGACUGAACCUACAGCACAUAGGGAGGCCUCACAGCGGGAUAGAUGACUGCAAGAACAUUGCCAAUAUCAUGAAGACACUGGCCCAUAGAGGCUUCAUCUUCAAGCAGACCUCCAAACCUUUUUGAUCCCCGAGGCAAGCCAGGCAAGGGCUGCAUGCGCCCGGUGCCGGCCAGGCGGGGAGGACGGGCUCCAGCAUUAAAAAAAAACCGGCAACCGAGGCCAGAGGAACCGACACAAAAAAAAUCUCAAUUUCAGCUGUUAACUCCAGUAGAGGUUGUAUAUAUGGAAAGGCAAAUCUGUGUAGACCUGAUGUGACUCCCUCUCUGGGCUGCUCCGGACAUUAUGCCAUGCUAGCGGACAGCCGCGUAGGGCGCUUGCACCACAUUUUAGACUUGUAGUUCGUUCUUUUUCUUUGGCUCCUGAUUUCCGUCCCUCCCUCCAUAUCCCACCCCGUCCUCCCUCUCCCACCCCGUAGCCAGAGCAUCCCCCAUCUCCACCCUGGCAUGGGCCAUACCCACCUUCCUUCCCUUCUUCUUUCUCUUCUCUGGUUUUAUGUUUUCAGGCCUCGUGGCUGCUGCAGCGAUGCCGGUGUGUGCCUGCACUCGGGCAGCAUUCGCGGAGGCUCAGCGUGUCGAGACGGCCCCUCGCCCUCCCCGCCAGCUCCCCCCGCCUCUCCCCUGAGCGCCUUUUCCCCUUUUUGAGUCAACACUAACCCCUCUCUGACUCCUGUAUGUGACAAACGCGAUCCGUCUCUUUAUGUUCAAGGUGAAGUGCCUGUAUUCUCCGCUGCAGAGCCCCUGGCAGCCCCACGGUGGGCUGCAGGGCCCCGGAGGGCUCCCUUCAGUGAGGCAGGGGCCCAGCGGACAGGCGGGCGGCAGGAGGGAGGUGACAGUGUCCGCAUGGAGCCCCGUCCCGUCCCCGUUCCGUCUGCUCGUGCCUCUCGCGGGGCUGGGCGGGGUGCCCAGCCCUGCCUCGUCCCCGCCGCUCAGUUCCAGCUCCGUGGGGGACAGGCCCGCCACAGCACCGUGUCCGUGUCCGUGUCCGGUGGUGGACGAGCCAGCGCGCGCUGGCCCCCGGCCCAAGGUACCUGAGCAGGGGAGCCGCAAAUCGCCCCAGGCCCCGGAGCGAGCUCCCCGCAACCUCCCUCGGUUCCCGAGCUGAGGCUCAGCCCCCCCGUGCCGUGCCCCUCACAGGUCCCGGACGCUCAGCAGCAGCUGGCUUGUUGCCUGAGAGAGUUGCCGAGCACAUCCCCUGCGGCUGGGUGGGCUCCCGGCUGGCCAGGGCGGUUGGGGGGAGCCGCGGGGUGGGCUGAGGGCGCACAUCCUCUCGGUGUCACCCAGCCCCGGGGCCCUGCUGAACGGAGCCCUCGUCCGGGCAUGACCUGCAGGGAGGCUGCAGCCCCAGGCCCGUGCGUGCAUGGCCUGGAGCGAAGCCGGUGACGGCAGCCAGAAGGGCAAUACAGGCACUGAACUUGGCGGUACAUGACUGCAUGGUGUGUGGUGUUCCAGUUAAACCAACCGAUAAUGCAACCCCAGCAUUUUCAUUGUCUAGUUAUUCCAAUCCUUGCUGUAAAUGUGCCACAUGAAUAAAGUUUGGGGGUAAAGGAG